AUGCUGGCGGAUUCGAUCCAGAGAUUCUGCACAAAUAACACUUGUGGUGUGUGCAAAAACCAUGCGCAAUGCUUUUCUUCAGAAAUAAUACGCUACUCAGAGAUUGUCUCAAAUCGAAGUCUUUGGCCAGCCGGUUUGCAAGAUGCCCAUUAUAUCCAGCUAUUGAGGCACAGUGUUAUGAUCAAGCUGCCUUUAGUGCAGUACAAUAGUCUUCGCAGGGAAGAGCGAAACUCCCACAAUGUACACCGUCCAUCUCAGACAGUCAUCGCCAUAUUGCCUUUGUCACCACGGCGCGAUAAACAUUCACUUUUUGGGAUUUUACUUCAACAGAUAUCUUUGGCAAGUUACGUACGCUUGUCAGAGAAACCUCUCCUUCUGCAAGAGGAUAUGAUUGGGGCGGACCCCGCAGAGCUAGGAGCCUACACUGUUCACGAUACCCACCCCAAUCUUGGCAUAGAUUCGAUCGGAAAGAUUAUCCCUGAUUAUAUCAACCUGAAUUGGCUUGAGCAGUACGUGAAAAUAAAACUCCAUAGCGCCACUAUAACAGCAGAAGAGUGGCAUGGCAACACUCAAGGUUAUCCCGCUAGAGCAUGUAUUGGUACUACAGCGCAAUUCCCGCUACCAAGCCAUCUCCAAAAUCAUUUCUCAGUUACAGUUUCCUUCCGAAGUGUCAGAGGUCCAAGGUUGUCUGGAACGAUCAUCUUAGGCAACUCCGUCACCCAGAUGGAGUUGCUCGAGAUAAGACUGUCUGAGGGCCCGAAUGUUGAUUAUCAUUUUCUGAAGCGAAACAAUCAGAAUCAACGCCAUAUGAGGGUUUGUGCUCCAAUACCCAACACGAACGAUUCCCUCGAUAUCGCUCUUCGCAAGCUCCCAGUCACCGAAGUUGAGUUUUCAAAAGGAGAAAAUUCCAAAAAGUCUUCGCGAAUCGACCCUGCGUCUACUGUGUGGUGUGACUUUGGUAUCCUAAGAUACCAAUAUCGCUUAGAUAUCAAUCGUUUGUCGGCAAAGAAUACAAGUCAAAUGAGCUCCUCACAGCCGGGUCUAGGUAGAUCCAGGAUAUAG